ACCUGGUAGCUGAGUACAAUGCUAGUCAAGACAAGUUGGUAGUGGUAAAGGCUCCAUCUACCUGUGAUCACUGUAGAGAUAAACAGCUGCGACUUGUUAGGCUCGACUACACCAUCGAGUACAUCAAUGGAGAUAGGACAUCAACAAAGUCAUCAAAAUCACCAUCAGGUUUCAAACAUUUCUGGAAUGGCAUAGAAUAUGACACACAUCCAAUACAAUUACCAGUUGUAAUGGAGUGGAGAGACCGACGUGUGGAGACGAAGGUCCUGUGGUUUCAAGAUGAAGAAGAUCCCAGUCUCAACAGUAAUGUGUACAGCAUUGCUAUGAACCUUGUACAAGAGAAUUUUCCAGGUGAGUUUGGCAGUGAGAGACUGGUGCAGAAAGUUGUAGACCAGAUCCUCAGACAGACAAACAAGCCAGAGACAGAAAAGUCACAGGCAAAAGCUUCUAGAUUGAAAUCAAGUGGUGCCAGUAAUUCUUUAGAUGACGAUGAUGAUUCGGGAGGCUUUUCUCCACACAGGGCAUCCAAGGCCAUCAUAACAGGUUCACAGCGACACAGCAUACACAAAGAAGAACUGAACAAAAGUGCCACGGAGCGAAAGAUCAAACAACGAAUCGAAGCCAAUGCACCAAAACAGCAACGAAAACUGUCCGAUCAGUCAGAGAGAAAGCACUCGUCACCAUCUCCUGAAGGAAGCAGUAGAAGAACUCCUGACAGGCGGUUUUCCUCUCCUUCUUCAUUGUCAUCAUCAAGAGUGCCCCCUGUGUCAACUACAGCACAGUCAGCAGCAACAACAGCAGGGGCGGUCAGCUCAGUGGCUGGGGAAUCUGGUGGGGCUAGAGAAGUUGUUGACACCAGUAAACGCAUCAGGCUGUCUACUUCUGAUGGAAGGAAUGUCACACUAGAUCUUCCCUCUGAAUGCACAUUCCUGGAACUGCAGAACCUUAUCCAUCAAGCCACCGGAGUACCUCCAGCACAGCAGUGUAUUCGGCACGGCUUUCCUCCGAGGGAGCUGAAGCCUCCAGCUUCUUCUGCCGAGGACUACAAGGUUCCAGUUCAGCCAGGGGACAAGAUCAUGCUAGUUUCUAAGCUGGAGCCUAGCAGUGGAGAUAAUUUGGACCACUCCUUGUCAGCUCUAGCGCUGACUGCAGCUUUGGACAACAAGGACCUUUGGACAUACGUACAGCAGCGACCACACCUGUUUUCUGUGAAUGGCCUCUUCUACAAACAGGUUGAGCGAGACAUGGGUCUCAUACAUGGCAAGCAUUGCCAGCUACCUAUGCUUUCUCACAAGUUGUUUGCUUACAACCAACACGAUGAUAGGCUGGAGCUCUGCCUGGAGCCAUACGGACAUUUUCCCAUCGAGAGCAAUGUGGAGAAACAUGCAGGCUCAAUGCUGCCGGCCAGCAAGUGCUCUGGUAAAUCUCAAAACCAGCCUUUUUCAGGUCAAGGUCACUCGCUGAGAUCUGGUACCAGCCCCGAAGAGCGAAUGCCAACAGAUGUCCCAAUGUCCCCCAAGCGUCAUGAAGCCCGAAGACUGAACACCCUGUGCGACCCUACUAAACACCAGGAGUCCAUUGAGGAGGAAGAUGAAGUGGCCAUGGAAGAAACACAAGAAGACCACAACACACCCAAAGCAUCGCAGCACAGCCUGUGCCCACUACAGGUGACACGCAACCACCCUACGACAUGGAACACCCCUGGAAGUCUCAAUCUGCUGGCAGCUCCAGAGCCCAGGCUUAUCCGCAAGGGUCCUGGAUACAGCGAGCUGAGUCCGAUACCGGAAAAUGUCUCCAAUGAGAAGAUUGAGUUGCUGCAACACUUGGUGAGUAGGAUUGAACAGGCAUGCGAGGAAAUGGGACAAGAGGCACAGAAGAUAAGUGAAGCCGGGCGGCUCACUCCGGCUGAUGUUCUGUCGCCGCUAAGUCCCACUGUCGCAGCUGUGUGUUCUGCCAAUGUGGCCACCUCUGGACAUCUUGUCUGCACGUCCUCCUCAUUGCCAUGUUAUGCUGUUGAGCAUCCCACAAGCAAGACCAGUGUUUGUGAUAUUUCCUCAUCAUCCUCAGCACGGACAGCAGCUCAUGUGAUACACACUGCCAGUCAGAGUCCAACAGCUUGUAGUAGUGAUCCGUCAUCGACCAUCGUUUUCCAUCAGUUUCCACAAUCGAGGACAGAUACGGGUGGUUCAGCUGUUACCGUUAUUGGUUCUGAAACUGGAUUGGUCACUGCAUUAUUAUCACCAGACAAUGACAAAUGUACUGACUUUCUGCCAGGGGGGGCUGAGUGUCAUGGCCAGGAUUCUUCACAGGAAGGCAAUGUUGAAGGGGUGGUAACGGAUUCGGAUCUGUCACAUUCUGCAGUACAGGUUAAGAUGGUUGAAAUGAAACCAAGUGACAGGCCGGAGGGUUCAGGGGAUGGAGACACAAGACCAGACUUGGUUUGUCAGGAGAAUAUGGAAGCUGAGGAGCAGGGGAGGGAGAGUGAAUGUCAGGGUGAAGGCGUAGAAAGUAUGGACACUGAAUGUGUGAAAGAGGAUCAUAGAACAGUUCCGAUGGAUGAUGAGGAAGAAUGCAGACCGGAGCAAACAUCACAAGGUUUAGAUGAUUUGUUUAUUGUGGAGCCUACUGUAGACUUGCCGGAGAGUGGGUUGAUUUCUGACAGUGAUGUCUGA